AUGUCAGACAUAUUUCCGAUAUCAACACCUUCUACGAGUGAGUGGUUAUGUUCCAAUGAUGUUCUCACAUGGAAAUUUCCAAUAUCUAUUGGUUCAUAUACAUUAAUUGGACGUUCUAGAGCAGCUGAUGCUACGAGUUUAUUCAUUCCUGAAUUGGAUAUGUUACUUGAUUGUGGUUGUUUAGUGACAGGAAGUCUACCUCUUUACAUAUUUAUUACACAUGCGCAUGCCGAUCAUUGUCUUGAUAUUACUCGACUGUUGAAUAAAUCUCGACCGCCACAAGUUUAUCUUCCUGUAUCGGCAGUUCAACCUAUGAAAGAUUUUAUUGAGAAAUGCCAAAUUCUUCGAGCAGCUGGUAGAAACAACUCAGAUCCUAACCAAAUGAUAUCUAAUUGUGAAUUAAUAUGCGUGCAACAUGAGGAUUUAUUGUCAUUUCGAAAAAGAAUGAAAGUUCGUGUAUUUGAAAUGGAUCAUUCAGUGCCUUGUUGUGGUUAUGGAUUCUAUGAAAAUCGAAAUAAAUUAAAAAAAGAAUAUGAACAUUUAAGGAGUAACGAAAUUGCAAAUAUGCGAAGAGCUAAUAAAGAUUUAGAAGUUUGUGAAGAAAGAUUAGUUCCGUUAUUUGCUUUUAUGGGCGAUACAACAGCAAUUAUCUUUGAAAGAUAUCACAGGGAACUUUUUCAAUUUCCAUUGAUUAUUGUUGAGUGUUCAUUUAUCGAUAAUGAACGCCAUGCAGAACGAGCUUGUGAUGUAAAACAUGUCAUUUGGGAUGAUCUUCAGCCAUUUGUCUUACAACAUCCAGAAAUAAUCUUUGUAUUGAUUCAUUUUUCACAUCAAUACAGAAGUAAAGAAAUCCGAGAUUUUUUUCGAAAUUUAAAUUUACCUAAUGUUGUACCAUUUAUUUGA